AUUAUAAGAAUUAUAUUAUGUUAAGUUGUUUGUAUUAGUGCGAAUUAUCUAGUCAAAAUGAGAGUUAUUGUGUUUGGUUCUCUGUUUUUCUUGAUUGCGCAGACUCAAGCGGUCAUUGAAGAGUAUGAUGAGACAGCAUUCAUUGAGACAAUUAGAAGUAAAGCACCACAGGGUCGUAUUGUAGCCGGCUGGGAGGCAACGGAAGGGCAAAUUCCGUACCAAGCCAGCUUACGUACUGUGAACGUGGCUGGUGCUGUCAAUGUAUGUGGGGGCACCCUCAUUCAUCAUAACUGGAUCCUAACUGCAGGGCAUUGUCUUGCUGGCCAAAUAACGAUAGUGGUCCGCUUAGGUUUAGUAAAUAUCCAUCAACCUGAGGUUAUUGUUGAAACAACUAGAAGAUAUUUUCAUCCGCUUUUCGAUUCCGAAGAACUUCGACGGACUCAACCGAACGAUAUAGCUCUUCUUGGGUUGGAUCAACAUAUUACUUAUGGACCCAACAUCCAGCCUUGUCGUAUUCAGAGCAGUCAGCAGAAGACUUGGGGUGCAGGGCUCAGGCUGAUGGUCAGUGGUUUUGGAUGGGUCGAUGACUGGUGGAAUGGUGGUGAACAAUCUGACGUCCUACGUUUUGUUUACGUUCGUGGUAUUCGAUACGAGCAAUGUCGUCAACAUUUUCCGAGGUCUACUUCCCUCCAACGAGACACGACACUGUGCGCACAAUUCUAUAAUGACACAUCACAAGGAUCGUGCAAUGGUGACAGCGGCGGACCUCUGGUAUACGAGGAUAUUGACCGCAAACCCACAUUGUUCGGUGUCGUUAGUUUCGGUCAUUUUAUGGGUUGCAGGUCUUUCGAACCAGAAGCUUAUGUUCGCCCAGGAUACUACCAUGAUUGGCUCACUGAAGUGACUGGGAUCAAUUUUGAUUGGAAUUAUGCUGAUUAUAUACCGUUCUUGCGGAAUUUCUCAAAUUUGGAAGGAUCGGAAUUUAUUAACAGUUCAUCAGGAUUCAAUUAAAUUGGCAAACAUAUUAUGCUUUGGUAACAUUCAUAGAAUAUAAAUAUCUACUUACGGAUGUACUGGUGCAAUAUUAUAAUUAUAUGAUUAAACAAGAAA